AUGCUCCCGCCGCCUCCGCGCCAGCCGCCGCCCCAGGCGCGCGCGGCCCGCGGCGCGGUGAGCCUGCAGCGGCCCUUCCUGCGCGGCCCGCUGGGCGUGCUGCGGCUGCUGCAGCUGCUGGCCGGCGCCGCCUUCUGGAUCACCAUCGCCACGAGCAAGUACCAGGGCCCCGUGCACUUCGCGCUCUUCGUGUCCGUGCUCUUCUGGCUGACGACGCUGGGCCUCUACUUCCUCACUCUGCUGGGCAAGCACGAGCUGGUGCCCGUGCUGGGCUCGCGCUGGCUCGUGGUCAACGUGGCGCACGACCUGCUGGCGGCCGCGCUCUACGGCGCCGCGACGGGCAUCAUGAUCGACCAGACCCAGCGCCACAGCUACUGCAACCUCAAGGAUUACCCGCUGCCCUGCGCCUACCACGCCUUCCUGGCGGCCGCCGUCUGCGGCGGCCUCUGCCUCGGCCUCUACCUGCUCUCGGCGCUCUACGGCUGCUGCCGUCGCUGCCAGGGCAAGCAGGAGGUGGCGUGAGGCUGCCCGCGCCCGCCGUGGCCGCGAUCGGGGCGGGGGACCUUCCGGAGACCAGCGCCCCCAGACCUUCCUGCCGCCGCCGCCCCGCACCGGUGCGCCCUGGCACCCUCCCCUCGCCCUGCGUUUCCACUGCCGCCCGCGACCAGGAACCCUGACACGCAGUUCCCGCCCGACGGUAACGCCACCGCCCGGAGUCGGGUCAGCAGCGCUGCACACGCCGUCUCCAGGGACCACCGCAGGCUGCGAUCCGAGGGGAGGACGCACACUCGGAUGGGCCGCCCUGGGCCGAAACCUCGCGGUUCCUCUUCCCCUUCACCGCUUAGAGCGAGACGUGGACAGGCGCCGCGUAGAUCCGGGGGAGGCUCCCAAAUUGGAACCAGUCUGUGGCUGCGCCACUGCCCCCCUCCCUUCUGCCCCGCGGUGGGAAGAGCACCCCCUUCCCCGGCCCCUCUUCCAGCCUCGGGUGCUGUAAAAGGCAGGCACGCAGCCCCGGGCGGAGCUGGGACGGGCCUCAGCUGGUCCCAGGAUGAGCGACGAGUUUGGUUUUAGCUUCGAAUUGUGCGGCCAUCCUGCGCGGUCGCUCCCUGCCCAUCCCUCGGUGCUUUGAUGUCUCAGGGUGGGGCCCAUCUGCAGAGGGGAUGGAUAGGAAGGACCCGUGGGCUGUACCCUCACACCUUUGCGGUCUUCUCCGUCUUUGUCCUCGGGAUUCAUGCAGGCCAGGCCCAAACACAAACUGCCUUGGCCUCGCAGUGACACAUCGUUCCUUGCCUUCCUCUCACAGGCUUCUGCUCCACCCCCAACCCGCAAUAUCUGUUUGCAUUAGAGAUCCCACACGACCAUCGCAGAAUGUUAGGGUGAGCCCGACCCGUUCUUUUUUACAGUUGGGGACCCAGAGCCUGCGCUUGGGAACAGCCGAAAUAAGGUUAGCAUCCCAACUCCCUACUAGCAGUCCAGCGCUGUUUAUAUUGAAGUCAUGGGUGUGCCAGGAACCCUGGUACUGGAUCUCCCCCUCCAGAAGAGGGAUUCAAAGCCAAAUGGGUGUGCCAAUGGUGCUAUCUCUCUUUCUUGGAGAUUCAGGAUGCUCGUUAGCAUAUCAAAGACUCUGAGAAGUCCCACUGUAAAAGAAUUCCAAGUAAUUAGUUUACUGUAUUAACUUGUUCUGGGCCUGGACCAAUUUUUCCCACUUAAGGUUUCAAGCAGCCCUGUACUGUCCUGUCUCUCAUUCAUUCCUAAGGAGCCCAACACAUUGGCCGUGGUCUAUCUGAAGAUUUGGGGAGCUCCUUCUUUUUCCCAGAGAAUUUCUCUAGCAGAGGGAGGCACCCGCCUCCCCAGUGAGGAAGGAGAUAGCUGUCCCUAGCCAGCCGGAGACCUGGGAACUGGCAAAUUUGACCAUUCCUUUACAUCGUUGGAGAAAUAAAGCCAAGGUUAUCCAGAUGGUUUCCCAGCUAAAGGAAAGUCACCUGUAAGAGAUCCUGCCAUUGACCUGAGCAGCUGGCAGGAUGCGUCCCACUCACCAAAGAGAAUAAUCGUCUCUCUGGAGCUGGGGUGAACAGCUGGACAGGCCUCCAAGGUUCCCAUGUUGCUGAGGCUGUGCAGAUUCCAAAGCUGGUCUUGCCAACCUCUCCCAGGACCUGCUUCCAUGGGCUGGCAACACCAGUCUGGCCUUGGCCAGCAGAAGUUUUCAGAGUCUUCACUGGUGAUGGGGGAGGUGGGGAGAGGGAAUGACCUCUGCCCAGCAGCUUACCUUCCAUGCCAUCUGAUGGAAGAGCCAAGAUGGGCAAAGAUGGAUUUUUGGCUUAACCUAGAGAAUUCCUGAUUGUCCUUGUGCUAUGAUUUGGGCACAAGAUUCCAGGCACCUGGAACUGAGUUGUACACCCCUGUACCCUAAACAAUGGGUUUUACUUCUAGCUUUUUCUUUUUUUAUAUCACCAUCUAAGUUGCAUCCUCAGCUCAGGUCCAGCCCCCUCAGGAUCUCCUUCUUAGCCCCCUAACCCCUGGUGCUCUGUCUGUGGUCAGGUGACCUUACUCAGGAGCAGACAUCCCCUUAGCCUUCACGGUGCCUUAUCCAUCCAGACAUGCCUGCAGCAUUCCAGAGCUCACUGGCUCUUCUAGAUGCGUCUCCCCACUUGGCUUCCAGUGGCUUGGUGGUCCCUCUUCUGUCUGAUGUGAGAAAGAUUUUUAAGACUGCCACCACACCCACCCUCCCCCUCAAGAGCCUGUGCCAUAGGUAUGGCCACCUGACCUGGCCCAGAAGUUUUGGGUACUGGAGGUGGCCUCCUAGGCCUCUCUCUUUGGAUACCAGGACUCAGUCCAGCCCAAUACGACCCCAAAGUCUGGAGCCACUUGUGGACCCGGGAGAGUAUUUCUACAGUGUUCUACAAAGGCCUAAAGAGAAAGUGGGUUUGGGAGGGAUGAAGGUGGUUAGGGAGAGGGGACCGAUGUGCCUGAUUCAGUAGU